AUGCAGCUUUUCCCAGAACGGGUGAUCAAAAUCUGGAGCCUGUGGGAGCUUCGUGUUGCAGUACUAAUCAGCCUCGGCUUGCAAAGCAUCCUAAUCCUAAUUGGGAAAUGGAGAAAGCAUUCAACCAAAGACUACCUCAGAAUUGUUUUGUGGCUCGCUUACUUGUUGGCUGAGUCAACUGCAACAUUUUCACUCGGCAUACUCUCCAACAGCCAAGAAGACUCUCAAGGUGAUUCUGUAAACCCAGACUAUGUAAUAACAGCAUUUUGGGCACCCUUUCUUCUCUUGCACCUUGGUGGCCCAGAUAUUAUUGCUGCUUAUUCCUCAGAAGACAAUGAGUUGUGGAUGAGGCACUUGCUUAGGCUAGGUUCCCAGUUGCUUGUAGCUUCCAAUGUCUUAUUCAGAGCAUGGUCUAGUGAAGCCUUGAAUUUUUUGGCAUUACCAAUGUUCAUAGUUGGGAUUAUAAAGUCUGGGGAGAGGACUUGGGUUUUAAGAUCUGCAAGCAGUGAGCAAUUUAGAGAUUCUAUGCUCCAAGAUCCUGACCCCGGUCCGAAUUAUGAUAGAUACAUGGAAGACUACAGCUCAAGGAGAGAUGAGGGCUUCAGGGUGGAACUUGGCACAUUCAGCGCAUCCAAAGCUGCCACAGAUAGCGAUCAAUCACGCGAACCUGCAGCUGAUGAUGACAGUAGCCAAAAUGAUCCAAUAAACAAAGCUUACACUUUCUUUGAAAGUUCAAAGAAGCUCUGUGCUGGUCUCAUCCUCAACUUCCAUGAUGUAGAUAACAGCCAAAACUUCUUCCAAGCCACAAACUUUGAGAAAGCUUUUAAAGUUAUUGAGAUUGAGCUAGGUUUCAUAUAUGAUGUGUUUUAUACUAAAGCAGUCCUCGUUUAUUCUGGCCUUGGUGGCAUUCUCCGUUGUAUUACUUUUUUUUUAACAGUUUCAGUACUCCUAAUUUUCCUUUUCACCGAGAAGCAAGCAUACAGGGAAAUGGAUGUGAUUAUCACAUAUAUUAUGUUGGCAGGAGCUAUCGUCCUGGAAAUUUAUGCUCUAAUCAUACUGCUUUCCUCAGACUGGACAAAGCUGUGGCUGAAUAAGAACAAGCACACAAAUACGGUGGCUUGUGUGGUGAACAAGAACAAGCACACGAAUGAGCACACAAAUACGGUGGCUUGUGUGGUGGGUUUCUUGCAUAAAACUGUUUCAUACCUCCCAUUGGUUAACAACAAGAGCUGGUCUAAUUCCUUAGGACAAUACGAGCUCAUAAAAUUUUGUCUUAAGACUAAGCCAGCUAAGUGCAUUCUUUUCAAGAAGGACUGUUACAUAAAUACGUAUUUAGAGAAGCAUCGGUACAAAAAGUACAGCAAAGUACCCAUAGAUUUCGUAAAGCAGUUGAUAUUUAAGCAGCUCCUAGAGAAAUCAGCAACUGCCAAGAGUUUCAAGGAUCGGAAAGAAUUAUGUGCUGGAAGGGGUGACAAGGUGCUCGACAAAAAAGGUCUAAAGAUACUUGGCUGGACCAUUAAUGAUGCUGAAUUUGACCAGAGCAUCCUUCUUUGGCAUAUUGCUACAGAUCUAUAUGCUACAAUUCUGAUCUCAAUGAAGAAAACCAACAUUGUCAAGCAAGGAAGAAAUUGCCGAACAAAAAUUGUCAAGCAAGUAGGCUAUUGUCGAACUACAUGUUGUACCUUUUAG